ACAACAACAACUACAACUACAACGAAACAACAACAACAACUGCAGCAAUGAGGGUUGACCAGGUGACCAUCAUAGUCUACGCCUCUUUCUUAUCCGCCCUCGUUCUCCUAUGCCUCCUCGCGAUCCUCAUCCCCUACUGCCGUGGGUACAGACUCAGGCAAAGAACCAAACGCGAAACAAUCGCGCGAGCCAAGGUCGCCAAGAUCGACAGGGCCGCCAAGGUUGAUUCCACGAUCCAACGCGCUAACGAAUCCUUCAACCAAAUCGGACGCCUCGUCUCAAAGAUCGAAGUCAUCCUCUCUGCCACUGUCAACCCCUCUGAGGCCAAAUCCAAUGGUCUAAACCCGACUUUAACAGCCGAGCAGCUGGGCCAAAGGAUCCGGACAAUCUUGAUGAAAUAUGAUCCGAUCUGUCCGGUGGAUACGACUGCGGCGGAGAUAAAGACGAACGCCGAGGUAAAGAAAAAGACGGGGAUGGACCAGAGACGGAAUACGGCGUCAACGAGUGAUACGGCCGUGGAGGGAAGUGUCUGUAUUGACAUCGACGGAGCAGAUCCCUAUGCUGAGAGGAUCGGAGCACCGGUGUGGAUUGAACUUGUCGAUAUGUUGGUCGCGUGCGAUUUCGGACGCGAUAGCGGCGCGGUGGAAGGUGUACAUGGGGCCUGCAGCACUGGCGACGCUACUGCUGUUAAAGGUGAUAGCAGUGGUGGCUCAGGAGGUGAUAGCCACGGUGAUGGAGGAGGUGGUGCUGGUUAUGGUGCUGGAGCUGGUGUCGGAGGCGGUGUUAACUGUGGCGACGGAGGUGGUAUCGGAGGUGGUGCUAGCUGCGGUGAUGGAGGCGGUGGUUGUUGUGGUGACGGAGGUGAUGGCGGCGACGGAGGUUGUCGACAGAGUUGGCGACUAGAGCCGAUUCUUCAUCGGGGGUUCUAUUCCUAG